CCAAAACUCUCUUCUCUUGUAAAAUUGAGAAAUUUGUAAAAGGAUUAAAUUCACGAAAAUGGAGAAAGCUUUCACUCUGGUUCAGACAAUUGCCGUUGCAACUGUCUUCUCUGCGGUCUCCGGCUGGUACGGAUUCAUGUUUGGAAGAGAAUCUGCUCGCAAAGAGCUUGGAAGCUUAAUCGAAGACCUUCGCCGCCAGAAUCCCAAUUCCGAUCCACCUCAUUCCUGACUUCAUUGGGUUCAAGGGAUCAGGUGGGCAGUGUGGAAAUCCCUUCAUUUGUUAAAGCAUGAGAAAACAUUGUCUUAAGGCCUUACUGGUAAACUCCUUCGGCCAUCAUCGGCUGUUUCCAGGUCAUCUUACCUAUCCUUGACAGCGGAGUGUGCAAACCCUGUGGAGUUUAGAUAUUCACUUUAAAACCUUUGUAUGCUGACUUGCAUUGAAGAUUGCAACUCUCUGCUGUGGUGUAGUUGUUAUUCAAGAUGAAUAAAUUAGAUAAUGUAGUUGGUGUUGACCAUACUCUUUGGUGUUUCAAAUUAAUGAAGUUCAUUCUGUGAAUUAAUUUGUCAAUAUUACUUGCUGUGGAUCAUAGAGGCUUUGCCCUUCCUGUUAUGAUGAUAAAAUAAAAACUGUAACUUGGAUUUUCCAUACAACGUUCUCUUUACUUUUCUGAAAGGCUAAUGUUAUGUUUCUGCUCUGACCUACUCUCUUGUAUAGAAAUAUGCAAACCUAGUGGCUAAGUGGUUGAUUUGUAUCAGCCUAUGACCUUUUGUGAUUUACUUUGGUUGUUUUAUCAGUAGUUGUCAACUAAUUUGCUAAAACACUGAAAAAGGUAUAAGUUAGUUAAAUAAGCUACGUAAAUAUUUGCAUGAAGCCCUUUUUCUUCUUCAUGGUAAAGAUGGUAAUAUUGAAGGGACAUUGAACUGCAAGAACUAGUUUCUUGUUCAUCAGCAAAAACAAGAAGUAUUCUAAGUCUUGAAAUUAGGGAGGUUUGAGCUCAACAGGGAUGAACUGGGUUUUCCUUCCUCUGCUUCAUCCUCUAUAUAAUUCAUUCAAUUCCUUCAUUUUCUGUUAAGGUUUUCACUUUACCAGACUUUCUGUCAUUUCUCCUUGUUUUCUUUCUGGGUUUUCUCUGUUUCAGCCUUUUAGCUCUUCUUUCUUAUCUCGGUGAUAUCAAGCUAUCAUUUUUACAACUUUUAUUACAUACCCAAUUUGAGACUAGAGCCUUGAGUUUUGUUUAGAGCUUUUGUUAAGAAAUGAAGUGCAUCUUUCCCUUCAAAUCCAAGAACAAACAAAAGGAGUCAAAAUCAGCUCCAGAUUUGAGAAACAAAAGCGAGUCCUUAACUCCGGUAUUAGACCGUGACUCGAUCUAUACCUUCACCAAGAAGCAUACCAGAAUUGUACAAGGAGAAUGAGCAGAAUUUGAAGGCUUUCUCAUUCCAAGAGCUCAGGGAUUCAAUCAAUGGCUUCAGCAGGUUGCAAAAGCCCAAAAAUGGCAAGGGUACUCCAAUUUUGGUUGCCAUAAAGAAGUUGAAUCCACAUAGCUUACAGCUACCCUUUGUCUGACAAAUAGUGCUUGGAUCACGAGGUUACAAAUAAUACUUGGUGCUGCUCAAAGAUUGGCUUAUCUACACGAGGGACUGGAAGUCCAGGUGAUCUAUUGAGAUUUCAAAUCUUCCAACGUGCUUUUGGAUGAGGACUUUAAGCCGAAGCUCUCAGACUUUGGGCUUGCUAAAGAAGGGCCAAAGGGUGACCGUACUCAUGUAUCGACAGCAGUAAAUAGGUAAUAGAUGUGGGCGGGAAUCUUGUUACUAACCCAAGUUCUUUAAGGACUUGAUGUCAACUUCAUUUGGAGGUUGGCAGAAUCUUGUUGAAUUGCAAUAUUGAGAGGACAAUUGGUAUUAGUCAUCAUUCGCCUUUCUGGUUCUUUGCUUCUAUUUAACAAUUUCCCUGGUUCAUAUUGUAUUUGCUUUUGUUAUCAGUUGGUAGGGACUUAUGGGUAUGCUGCCCCAGAGUAUGUUGAAACAGGCCAUCUUUCCAUCCAUAGUGACUUAUGGAGUUUUGGUGUGGUCCUGUAUGAGAUCCUCACUGGGAGGCGUGUGUUAGAAAGACACCGGCCAACAGUGGAGCAGAAGCUUCUUUAUUGGGUUAGACAGUACCCUGCAGACAGUAAAAAGUUCAGCAUGAUAAUAGAUUCACUCCUGAGAGACCAGUAUUGUAUUAAUGUAGCUCGGAAAAUCGCCAAGUUGGCAGAUAGCUGCCUGAACAAGAAUUCGAAAGGCAGGCCAACAAUGAAUUAGGUAGUAGAGAUCUUGAAGCGAGCUUUACAAGAGUCACAAAAGGGUACCAAUUCUGUAAAUAACAAUUUUGGGGCAUCUGGGUCUAAAUUGGGUAGAAAGAACCCCAAGUUGAGGUGAUAUAAGAGAGAAGACUGCGAUCAAAUGAAAGCAUUAUUAAUAGUGUCUGCUGUGACUAUAUUCUAUUUAAACUUUUUAACAGGUUGAGAUGGUUGAAUAA